AUGCCUGAUAAACACAAGUUGAGCUUGUUUUCCAGACAUAAACAUAGCAAUGAAGGUCAUGAUCUAUCACCGUCCAGUACAGAUGUUUCAGGAGGUCGUAAAUUUCUAGGUUUCCACAUUGGCAAACACGAUUCUCAAGAUUCAUUACCAUCGCCUAGCGGUACACCUGAACCACACCAUGAUAUCCAUUCACCAACUACCUUCAAUCGAAAAACAACAGCUCCAUCACCGGUACCAUCAAAUACAACAAACCAUCUGCAUGAAAGCAAGCCAGCCGGGUCAAUGAGUGAAUUGAAACGGUUCUUCAAACCGACAAAGAAGAUGUCGAACGCGAAAGGAGGUAGUAGUGGACACUAUACAAAUCAAAUACAUACACCUCCUCCUCUUGCAGGUGGUGGCAGUAGCGGUCCUUCUAGAGAUCAGUCGAGUACGGCACUAGCUACAAUGAUUAAUCAAACCUCGUCACAAUUGCUCGCCAAUGCCUCACAUUCACAAAGCUCAAACAAGGAUCCAUUUACUGAUGAUAGCUCACCGUUGGUUCAAAAGUAUGGUAAAGUUGGCAAGGAAUUAGGUAGUGGAGCUGGUGGGUCAGUAAAGUUAAUUACAAGACCUUCUGAUUCGAAAACAUUUGCAGUGAAGGAAUUUAGAGCCAAGCGUGCUAACGAGUCAUUGAAGGACUACACGCGGAAAUGUACUGCUGAAUACUGUAUCGGUUCAACAUUGAAGCAUCCGAAUAUUAUCAAAACAAUUGACAUCUUGCAUGAAAAUAAUCGAUAUUUUGAAAUUAUGGAGUAUGCACCAAUUGACUUUUUUGCAGUGGUGAUGAGUGGUGAAAUGUCCAGAACGGAAAUCAAUUGUUGCUUGAAGCAGAUAAUAGAAGGUGUCAAUUAUUUGCAUGGUCUUGGUUUAGCUCAUCGAGAUUUGAAAUUGGAUAAUUGUGUGUUAGACAGGAAUGGAAUUUUGAAACUAAUUGAUUUUGGAAGUGCUGUGAUAUUUAGAUACCCUUAUGAUCAAUUUGGUAGUGCGCAGAAUGUUCACCCAUGUCAUGGUAUUGUCGGAAGUGAUCCAUAUUUGGCUCCAGAAGUGUUGAAAUCACCAAACUCAUACAACCCGCAACCGGUUGAUCUUUGGUCAAUUGCAAUCAUAUAUUGUUGUAUGACAUUAAAAAGAUUCCCUUGGAAAAUACCCAAUCCGGAAAAAGACAAUAGUUUCAAAAUGUAUUGUUUGCCAGAUGACAACUACCAUGAUUAUUACUUGAGUAAUGAAUGUCACAAGUUGCUUUUGCAGCAGCGUAAGUUGAAGAAUACUAUUGUACGUCUGAACAAGAGAAAAAAGUUGUUGGAAGAGGGACAAAAGGAAGUUAGUGAGGCAGCACCAGCUGUAGAAGGUGAGGACGAAGGUGAAGGUGAAGGUGAAGAGCCUCAGAAAGUCGCAAAGUCAAUAGAUUCCGGUGAUAUUCUAGAUGAAACCCAAGAGAAUGAAAUCUUGACACAUUUGAAGGAGAUAGAUCAGAAACUAGAGGAGUAUGAAACUAAAAAGAUACAAGCUAGAGAUGCAUUUAACGAAGAAAGAAAGAAUGACCCAGCUUAUCAGAAACUUCUUGCACAACAAGAAGAAGAAGACAAACGUAUCCAACGAGAAAAAGAAGCGGCAGCAGCAGCUGCUGCUGAUGGCAAAGACACCAAGAAGAAACCUACUACCCAUAAACAAAUACAUGGUCCAUAUAGAUUGAUGCGUCUUUUACCUCACGCUUCACGUCCAAUAAUGUCAAGAAUGUUACAUACAGACCCUAAACAACGGGCUACUUUAGAAGAAAUUAUGAAUGACGAAUGGAUUAAGGAGAUACAUUGCUGCACAUUAGAAAGAGAAACUCGAAGUGCUGAUAAUAUUGGUGCUAAGUUCGAUGAAGAUGAUGAGGAAAUAUUAGUGAAAGGAACUCCACCCCAUGAACAUACAAUCGUUUCAGAGAGUUCGUAG